CAUUCCGCCAUUGCUGACAUCUCGAUAUUUCUUCCCCUUUCUUUGUUUUUAUUUAAUCAACAGAAUAAAAAACCUCAAAGAAUCAAACGAAUUUAAACAAACAAUACAAUUCCCCCCUUUCUGCUCCUCCCCAUUAUCUCUUCCCGAUUCCCCCCUCUCAGUUUCAGAGCUUUCCCCCUCUCUCUGUCUCCCACUUCCCUCGCACCCUUCCAACUUUUCACAGAAACCCAGAAAAACUCCGCUUCUCUCAUGAGCCUCUCGCCGCGAGCCCGGCAUUAGUUUCCCAUGGAGAACUGAGAAGCAGUUUUGGGUUUGUUUUGUAUCCGAGAGACCUAACAAAGAAAAAGAAAUGAGGGUUAAGGAAAUGCACCCACUCUGCUGCAUCUCGCUCGAGAGCCCCGGACUGGGCGACCAGUCGCCUGAGAUUUCGAGUUUGUCGGCCUUUACGCGGGCGAGAUCCCUUCCGGCGGGCCUUCUGAGUGGACCCAAUCAUACCGGAUCAGAGGACCCCGCGGGUUCGUCGGCGACGGUGGCUGGAGUGCUGCACAAGUGGACCAAUUACGGGAAAGGGUGGAGAUCGCGGUGGUUCUUGCUGAAGAAUGGGGUUCUGUCCUACUCCAAGAUUCGCCGGCCGGAGAAUCUGAAUCUGCUGGCGUUGAACGAGGACGUGCAAUUGAUUGGUGCGAUUUCCACCAAUCGAUUGCAGAGGAUGGAUAGCGUCAGCUCUAGCCAAAGGAAGCAGGAGAAGAAAACUGUUGGCAUUGUUCACCUCAAGCAGAUCUCGUCAUUCCGAGAAAGCAAGUCCGAUGACCGGAGGUUUUACAUAUUCACAGCGACGAAGACGCUUCACUUGAGAACUGAUUCCAAGAGGGACAGGUCAGCUUGGAUUCAAGCUUUGGUCGCUGCUAGGAACCUCUUCCCGUCGAGGUCACUCAAAGAUGGUCUCUCGCAUGGGAUGCCAAAGGAUUUGUCUGUCUCGACCGAGAAGCUGAAAAAGCGGUUGGUCGAAGAAGGCAUCAAUGAAACCCUCGUUAAUGACUGUGAGCAGAUUAUGCUAUCGGAAUUCUCCGAGUUACAUGCGCAGCUUAAAGUUGUUUGCGAAGAACGGAACAGUUUGGUAGACACUCUAAGGCAACUGGAGGAUUCCAACAUCGAAAUUGAAGUCUCUGGAAUUCAAGAUGGCGAAUAUCAGUUGGCCAAGCAUGAUUUGUCGACUUUAGGACGUGGCAAAUACAGUGAAUGUAGCACUACUGAAUCAUCAGAUUGUAUCGAGAAGCAAGACCUGGAGGAAGUUUCAGACGAGGAGGAGCCCUCUUUCUACGACAGUAAAGAUUUUUUCAUCGAUGGGUCUAUAGUGCAAGUUCCAGGUUGUCACUCGGGGAAGGAUAAAAUAUCCAAUCAUCUCGAUAGUGAAGAGGAUAAAAUGCACAUGGUAUUUGAUCCGGGAUACCCGCACAUCCCAAGGAGGCAAAAGCUUCCACCUCCAGUUGAAAAAGAGAAAGGGGUCAGCCUUUGGUCAAUGAUCAAGGACAAUGUGGGCAAGGAUCUUACUCGUGUUUGCCUCCCUGUUUACUUUAACGAACCGAUUUCCUCACUUCAGAAAUGCUUUGAGGAUUUGGAGUACUCGUAUCUGUUGGACCGAGCCUAUGAGUAUGGAAGAGCCGGGAAUAGCCUAAUGAGGAUUUUACAUGUAGCUGCAUUCGCCGUGUCUGGCUAUGCUUCCUCCGAGGGCCGGCAUUGCAAGCCUUUCAAUCCUCUGCUCGGAGAAACAUAUGAAGCUGACUUUCCUGACAAGGGUGUUCGCUUCUUCUCUGAGAAGGUUAGUCAUCAUCCAACUCUCAUUGCCUGCCAUUGUGAAGGUAGAGGGUGGAAAUUUUGGGCCGACAGCGAUUUGCACACCAAAUUUUGGGGGCAAUCCAUUCAACUCGACCCGGUUGGGGCUCUGACCCUCGAGUUUGAUGAUGGUGAAAUGUUCCAGUGGAGCAAGGUUACAACCGCAAUUCGUAAUCUCAUUCUGGGUAAAGUGUAUUGUGAUCACCAUGGGAUGAUGAAUAUAACUGGAAAUCGUGACUAUUCUUGCAAAUUGAAGUUCAAAGAACAAUCAAUCCUCGACAGAAAUCCUCACCAGGUUAAUGGGUUUGUAGAAGAUCUCUCUGGGAUAAAGGUGGCCACUGUGUUUGGGAAGUGGGAUGACAGCAUGUACUAUAAGCUUGGUGAUGGUCAAUCAAAGUCGAGGAACAACCCGUCGUCAAACGCUACCUUACUAUGGAAGAGUAUAAAGCCAGUACCAAAUCUCACUCGAUACAACUUAACAUCGUUUGCCAUAACCCUGAACGAAUUAACGCCGGGACUGAAGGAGAAGCUCCCUCCAACAGAUUCCAGGCUGAGACCAGACCAGAGGCAUCUGGAGAAUGGCGAGUACGACAAGGCCAACCUGGAGAAACAGCGGCUGGAGAAGAGACAAAGAAUGUCGAGAAAGCUGCAAGAACACGGGUGGAAACCAAGGUGGUUUGAGCAAGAAGGCGAAAAUGGACCUUUUCGGUACAAGGGUGGGUACUGGGAAGCACGAGAUCGCGGAAACUGGAAUGGAUGCCCUGACAUAUUUGGGGAGUUCGGCGAUGAGUUCCCCGAGUCCAAGUAAAUUUUUUCUUGACAACAUAAGUUGAUUAAUCUCUCAAGAGACCAACCCAGCAGUGGCAGCAGCCCACGCAGCUUACAGACCAGAAUUCUAGUUGCAGGAAGGAAUGGUAAAAUAAGUUUUAUCCUGAUAAUGAUUUUGUGGUGGAGUUGUGAGACUGCAAUGUAUAAUGUGCACUUCGGGAUAGGAUAAGAGAAGAGCCCUUGAAAAUUUUCUGCUGUGAAUGUGAGCCCUGUUGCUGCUACUGCUAGUGCUAGCCAUCCAAAUUUGUUACAGCUUCAUGCGAAACCUCCGGUGUAUAAGAAGAAGCCAUUUGCGCUGAUAUGAUAAGUUUAUUUUUUACAUAUUUAUUUGUACUUAUUUUGUCGGCAAUAAAAUAGGGAAAAAGAGUAAAAAAGAGUGAAGGGCAGAAGGGGUACUGAAUUAUUCCCAUCAAGAGUUUUUCUUUGUUCCCUUUUUGUGAACUUAUUAAGCAUCGACGGCAAUGGUCGCGAGCCCUCAGAUAUCCACAAUCGUAGUUUGAUUGUUCCUAUUAACAUCGACUCACUUUCC